CACAGCAGCAGACAAGAGCAAGAGAAAUGGUUAGCAAAGUAAAAGUGGACGUGCCACAGCAGGACGACUGCAAAACAAAGGUGGAGGAACUGCAGAGGGUGGUCCAGGAGAUGAGGGCAGAAAUGGACAACAUGAAAGCGGAGGCUGAAUGUAAAGCUUCCGCGCAACAGCAGCUCAUGGAGCAAGUGAUGGGCCAGUGGAGGCAGCAGGAGCGACAGCUGCAGGAGAGGGAGGACGAGAGGCGUCAGGGCAGUUUGCGGCCACCACUGGAUGAACAACGUAAAAAGGCUUUAUUGAAGAAAGCUAGGGCUCUGAGAGAAAAGAAAGAACAGCAAGAGAGAAGUGUCAAAGAUGAUGAUAUGCAGAAAAGAAAACAGCAGAUGCUGCAAAGAGCCAGGGCCCUGCGAAGGAAGCAAGAGCAAGAAAAGGAGGCACAGGAGAGGAAGCUCAAGAGGCUGGAGAAGAGGUUGGCAGCUCUGGAGAUGGAGAGAAGGGACGCACCCCCCAUGGAGCCCCUGAGCCUGAUGGACCAGGAUGCACUGCUUCUGCUGAGAGCGGCUAAAGCGCAGGACAAAACAGCUAGUCCAGCGCAGAUUGUUUGCUUGGAGUCGGGCGACUUUGGGGAGAGUGCGCAGGACAAGACUUUGGUGGGCCUCCAAGCACCGUGCAUCAAUAAGACAGAAGGGAAGAUCACUGGAGUAAAGGAACACCAGGUGGAUACAAACACAGAGGGAGGCAACAACGGCCUGGCAAAAAGCUCCACCAAGCCCAAGAAAAGAUCUUUCCUGAGCUGGAUCAAGAAGAAGUUGGGGCUCAGAGGCCACUAAGGACCAAUGGCCAGUACGCCAGCACGCACACACACACGGCUAUAAAAAAAAACAA